AUGGCGUCUUUGUGGGAGAGGCAUGGCCGUCGUAAUGAUACCGUCGCUUCGGCGACUCAAUCGGGGGUUCCACUUGCUGAGACGGGAGGUAGUUCCUCAGCGGCUGCUAAUGUGGGUGAGGAAAGCGCUCCUUCGGCGGCUGCGGCGGAUGCUGUAGGGGGACGAUCGUCUUCGGACUCGUUGGAAAGGGUGGUGAGGCUGGCUUCAGGAAGUGCAGUGGUGAUAUUCAGCUCGAGCUCAUGUUGCAUGUGCCAUGCAAUAAAAAGGCUGUUUUGUGAUUUGGGAGUGAGCCCAACGGUAUACGAGCUGGACCAAGAACCUAAAGGGAAAGAGAUGGAGAGAGCUCUCUCAAAGCUUCUAGGCAACUCACCCGCAGUUUGACUUCCUGUUGUUUUCGUAGGUGGAAAACUAAUUGGAGCGAUGGAUAGAGUUAUGGCCUCUCAUAUUAAUGGCUCUCUUGUCCCACUUCUCAGAGAAGCUGGGGCUCUCUGGCUUUAA